CUGUUCCGAUACGGCUCCUUUUCCCGCGGACACGCCGCAGUCUCUCCGCCGAGCGCGGCGCCAGCGCAAUGCAGGCCUGGAGUCGGCGCCGCGCCCGGAAGGCAGCCAGGAGACUCGGCACCCGCGCCGGCCGCCCCUUCCCGCGCGGCCCAGCCGGGUCCCGCGCCCACAGCUCCACACCCUCCUCGCCGGCUGGGUCCGUGUGGCCCAGCACCGCCUUCGCCGCCCUGCUAGCACCUCCUGGCCUGACGUCAUCGCCGUGUCCACCAAUGGGCUCAAAAGAGACCAGCGGCCGCGUGAAAGUGGCGAUUUCUAACCAUCAUAAUGCUGGAGCCAGAGGCUGGCAGGCUGCAGCUUUCAAAAUGGCCGAGUUGGACGCCAGUUUGGACCACAUCAUUCCGUCUUCUGUCCUUCCUCCUUUCUGGGCUAAGCUGGUAGUGGGAUUUGUGUCCCUCGUGUGUUUCGCACGGAGCUACGAUGGAGAUUUCGUCUUUGAUGACUCUGAAGCUAUUAUUAACAAUAAGGACCUCCGAGCAGAAACGCCCCUCGGAGACCUGUGGCAUCAUGACUUCUGGGGAAGCAGGCUGAGCAGCAACACCAGCCACAAGUCCUACCGACCUCUCACCGUGCUGACCUUCAGGAUUAACUACUAUCUGUCUGGAGGCUUCCACCCCGUGAGUUUCCAUGUGGUCAACAUCCUCCUGCAUGGUGGCGUCUCUGUCCUCAUGGUGGACGUCUUCUCUGUGCUGUUCGGGGGCCUGCAGUACACCAGUAAAGGCCGGAGAUUAAACCUGGCUCCCAGAUCAUCUCUGCUGGCUGCGCUGCUGUUCGCCGUGCAUCCCGUGCACACCGAGUGUGUUGCUGGUGUGGUCGGCCGUGCAGACCUCCUAGGCGCCCUGUUCUUCCUGCUCUCCUUCCUUGGCUACUGUAAAGCCUUUAGAGAAAGUAACAAAGAGGGGACGCAUUCUACAGUCUGGGUGCUGCUGAGCAUCCUCCUGGGAGCGGUGGCCAUGCUGUGCAAAGAGCAAGGGAUCACUGUGCUGGGCUUGAACGCAGUCUUUGACGUCUUGGUGACAGGCAAAUUGAAUGUCCUGGAUCUUGUCCAGAAGGUACUACACAAGGACAAGUCAUUAGAGAACAUUGGCGUGCUUAGGAAUGGGGGCUUCCUCUUCAGAAUGACCCUCCUGGCCUUGGGGGGUGCAGGGGUGCUCUACGUGCGCUGGAGAAUCAUGGGCACUGGCCCGCCGGCAUUCACCGAGGUGGACAACCCCGCCUCCUUUGCCGACAGCAUGUUGGUCAGGGCCAUAAACUAUAAUUACUACUAUUCGUUGAAUGCCUGGCUGCUGCUCUGCCCCUGGUGGCUGUGCUUUGAUUGGUCAAUGGGCUGCAUCCCCCUCAUUAAGUCAGCCGGCGACUGGAGGGUAAUGGCGCUAGCAGCACUCUGGUUCUGCCUAAUUGGCCUGAUAUGCCAAGCCCUGUGCUCUGAAGACAGCCACAGGAGAAGGAUCCUUACACUAGGCCUGGGAUUUCUCAUUAUCCCAUUUCUUCCUGCAAGUAACUUGUUCUUCCGAGUGGGCUUUGUGGUUGCAGAGAGAGUCCUCUACCUCCCCAGUGCUGGGUACUGCAUGCUGCUGACUUUUGGAUUCGGAGUGCUCAGUAAACAUACUAAGAAAAAGAAACUAAUCGCUGCUGUCGUACUGGGAAUUUUAUUUGUAAACAUGCUGAGAUGCAUGAUUCGCAGUGGUGAGUGGCGGAAUGAAGAACAGCUUUUUAGAAGUGCCCUGCCUGUGUGUCCUCUCAACGCCAAGGUUCACUACAAUGUUGGCAAAAAUCUGGCAGAUAAAGGCAAUCAGACAGCCGCCAUCAGAUAUUACCGGGAAGCUGUGAGAUUAAAUCCCAAGUAUGUCCAUGCCAUGAAUAAUCUUGGGAACAUCCUAAAAGAAAGGAAUGAGCUACAGGAAGCGGAAGGGCUGCUGUCUUUGGCUGUACAAAUUCAGCCAGACUUUGCUGCUGCAUGGAUGAAUUUAGGCAUAGUUCAGAAUAGCCUGAAACAGUUCGAAGCCGCCGAGCAAAGUUACCGGACAGCAAUCAAACACAGAAGGAAAUACCCGGAUUGUUACUACAACCUCGGGCGUUUGUACGCAGAUCUAAAUCGUCAUGUGGAUGCGUUGAAUGCGUGGAGAAAUGCGACUGUGCUGAAACCAGAGCACAGUCUGGCUUGGAACAACAUGAUCAUACUCCUCGACAAUACAGGCAAUCUGGCCCAGGCUGAAGCAGUUGGAAGAGAGGCACUGGAAUCAAUACCUGAUGAUCACUCGCUGAUGUUCUCCUUGGCAAACGUGCUGGGCAAGUCCCAGAAAUACAAGCUGUGCUUUAUCAUCGCUGGGGACAUCUAGACUUGGCCAAAAAACACUAUGAGAUCUCCCUGCAGCUCGACCCCACUGCAUCGGGGACCAAGGAGAACUAUGGUCUUCUAAGAAGAAAGUUAGAACAAAUGCAGAAGAAAGAUGUUUGAUCCUUUUUCCUUCAUUUUUUGAGUCUGUGUGCAUGAGUCAUAUCCUAGUAUCAUGUGGUUAUGUUUAACCAUUUAAAAGUCUUAAUGUUUAUUUGAUUCCACUCUUUUUCUAUGAAAACAAAGACAUGCAAAAAGAUUAUAGCACCAGCAACACAGUCUUGAAUGCUUGAUGUGGUUUUUGCAUUGAAAUUGUAUUUUUUCAGACAACUCACAUGUGCAUUCUAAAUCCCCACAAUGAACUCUUUUUUAAUUAAGAAGAAGAAGAGAAAAAGAUGAUACAGAGCGACUUGCCACAGAUUAGACGUGCAUUUGGGAUGUGAGAGGUGUUGUGUAAAGACUAGCGCUAUUAAAUGUCAGUUGUGAACCGCAAAGACAAACUGACUCCUACAAUUUAUAUAAAUGUUGAAUGUGUCUGUAUAUUAGAAUUUUUAUUUAAUGACAAGAAAGAGUAAAAAGUAAGAUUUUU